GCUGGGAACUCAGAGAGAGCGCACGUGCUGUGCUUUUUAUUAAAAUCGUGUGUCGUAUAAUUGUGAUGUGAUGUGUUUUGUGUUUUGAGGUAAACAUCACAGAUCCUGCCAUCUCCAACCGAACGACAUGCCCUAAAAACCGCGCUACACAAACAAAAGUGCGACGAUGACCAUAAAUCAAGUGCAAGUGAACCAAGCCAGUGAUAAUGUGUUUAAAACGAUAAUAAUCCACAUAUAAGGAUGUGAAACAUGGUCACAUGCGUGCGUCGCGCGAGCAAAGUAUACGCGACGAACGUCCAGAGAUUCCUGUAUAUACUGCCCAUACUUCUCUGCGUGAGAAGCAUCCUCUGCGGCGGCGUAUCGCUAGGAGCGCACUUGGUGUGCGCACGAGUCGCCGGAUUGACGGACAAGCAGCGGGCCAUGUGCCGGUCGUCGCCGGCCGCGAUCGCUGCUGUGGGGGAUGGUUUGAGAAUGGCGUAUGCCGAGUGUCGCUCACAAUUAGGAGGCUACAGGUGGAAUUGCACAGGCAUCGGGGACGGCAAUGAUUUCGGUCAUGUCAUGCCUUUGGCCACAAGAGAAGCCGCCUUCACAUACGCAAUCACAUCAGCCGGAGUCACGCAUGCGCUCAGCACGGCCUGCGCGAGAGGCGAUUUGCCAGCUUGCGGGUGCUCUUCUAAUCGGCGCCGCGCACCCAGUCCAUCCGACCAAUUCCAAUGGGGUGGUUGUGGUGAAGCAGCCUAUGGAGCCAGGUUCGCGAGACGCUUCCUCGACUCCAGGGAGAUAGAAUCUGAUGCGAGGAGCUUGAUGAAUCUACACAAUAACCGAGUGGGAAGGAAGAUGGUAAAAGACCUAGUCCGCCGCGAGUGCAAAUGCCACGGCGUGUCCGGCUCUUGCGCAUUGCGUACUUGCUGGCGCGCACUACCGCCCUUUCGCGCGGUCGGAGCCGCACUGAGAGAGAAGUACCACCGCGCACGGUUGGUCGCCCCCCACCCGCCGCCGGCCACACACGCGCCGCAGACGCAUUUGGUAAUACGGAGGCCAAGACAAAACGCAGGUAUCGGCAGGCAGCCGCGCAAAUCAGAACUAGUGUAUCUGGAACCUUCCCCAUCGUAUUGUGAAGCUGAUCCUUUAACUGGAUCCUUUGGAACUCAUGGAAGACACUGCAAUCGAACGUCAAGAGGUGAAAACGGUUGUGAAACUCUCUGCUGUGGUCGAGGAUACAACACAAUUCAAUCAGUCGAAGAAUCCAAAUGCCGGUGCAAAUUCCACUGGUGUUGUCGCGUUUCGUGCGAGAAAUGUGUAACUCGCACAGAAAUACACGUGUGCAAGUGACUUUAUAAAGUGUUUGUCUAUGGUAUUGUUAUUGACAUCAGCGCCAUCUUGUGAACUGUUUUUGUAUUAAAUGUGUAUUCGGUGUGUUUUGAGAAAUGCAGUUUUUAGUACCUAUUAGAAUUGUUGUAUAUUAUGAUGACUUCUAA